AGUAAAUUACAGAGAAAUGGCUGCCCUAGACGCUCUCGACGGUUGACUCAACUUCGUAAGUGGGCCUUCUUUUACUACACACAACAACAGUGAAAAACCGUUACAAAGCCGUUAUCGAAAAUGGAAGCAAGGCUAUCUAGUAUUAUUCGACAAUGGCCUAAAGAUGCUGCUCGUCCUUGGGUUUCAUUCCCCAAAAUGCUUCAAAGCUCCUUCCAAAGUCGGUUACAAAAAAUGAAUCCUGUUGAGGCGAAUGAACAGCUCCAGAGUUUGGAGAACCUAGUGAACAAUUGCUAUUCAAAGAAGUACGAACCAAAUCCUGCCAUCCUGCAGCCAAAGUUCCAACCCAACUAUUAUGAACAAAUCCUCAGCAUUCGUCCCAAGAAACGCAGACGUUACUCAUGGCUUGGUUGGUUUUUCCGUGAUUGAGUACGCGGACUUUCUGAAUUUGCAAAAGUUCACAUAAUCCCUGUGGACAGUUUAUGAUUAAUGAGUGCUACAAUUGUUAUGUUUGUUACGACCAUUGUAGCUUUUAAUGUCUCUCGCAUGCUUUUUCAUGUCUCUUCUCAUGUUUUUCUUCCUCCC